AAAAAUUUAUUUUCCUUUUAAAGAAAAAAGUAACAAAACCAUGAAACAGAUCAAAGGGCAAUUCUCUCACCUCUCUGUUUACUAUUCAGACUAAAUAAUAAAACUAGACUGAAAGCCUCAGUAGCUUCAGUCUGAGGUUCUUCACAUGCCAAAAUUUUCAUGGUCUCCCUCUCUCAAAAAUCAUGAAGCCAUACUGCCUUUUACUAUUCUCAACUGUCUUCUUGCUAACAACUCUUCUUGUCAAUUCUGCAUCUUCAUCUUCUCCAGAUUUGGAUUCUAAUUUAUCUGCCAUUAAAUCCCUCUGCAAAUCCACACCACACGCUGAUGCCUGUUUAGACUCCCUGAAACUCUCUGUUUCCAUUAGCCUUAACCCAGACAUUCUGUCAUUUCUCCUCCAUUCACUAGAAGCUGCAGUUUCAGAAGCUGGGAAGCUCUCAACACUCUUCUCCAACAGCCACUCAAGCAUUGUGGAAAAACAAAAAGGAACCCUCCAAGAUUGCAGUGAAUUGCACCAAAUCACUCUUUCUUCUCUGAAAAAAUCCCUUUCAAAAAUCAGUUCUUCUUCUAAUUCAAGACAAUUAACUGAUGCAAGAGCAUUUCUAAGUGCGGCUCUGACUAACAAAGCCACCUGUUUAGAAGGGUUAAACUCUGCAUCUGGAUCUUCUAAACCAUCCCUCAUUAACUCCAUUAAUUAUUCCUACAAGUAUGUCACCAAUGCUUUAUCCCUGCUUUCCCAGAAUAAACAGAGUGGUGAUACUACUACUACUACCUCUACUUCUGCGAAAUCAUCGAAAAUUAAUGGAAAAAUUCAUAGGCGUUUGAUGGGAUUUCCGAGCUGGAUUUCGGCGAAAGAUCGCCGGAUUUUGGAGGGUUCUGAUGGGGAAGAGGAAGAUGAUGCCGGGAACAAUGGGUUGACUGUGGCUGCUGACGGGACUGGAGAUUUCACCACCAUUAAUGACGCAAUAAACUCUGCUCCAAAUAACAGUGCUGACAGGAUAAUCAUUUAUGUGAAGCAGGGGAUUUAUCAAGAAAAUGUGGAGAUUCCAAGCUGGAAGCCUAAUAUUGUCCUGAUUGGGGAUGGAAGUGAUGUUACAACAAUUACCGGGAGCAGAAGUGUGGCUGAUGGUUGGACCACAUUCAGAUCCGCCACCCUAGCCGUAUCCGGGGAAGGAUUCUUGGCACGGGACAUAAAAAUCGAGAACACUGCCGGUCCGGAGAAAGGCCAAGCCGUGGCCCUCCGAAUCAACGCAGACUUGGCCGCGGUUUAUAGAUGCACAAUAAAAGGCUACCAAGACACGUUAUACGUCCACUCAUUCCGACAAUUCUACCGGGAAUGCGACAUUUACGGAACCAUAGAUUACAUCUUUGGCAACGCGGCAGUCGUCCUCCAAGGUUGCAACGUCAUUUCCCGGCUCCCGUUGCCCGGACAAUCCACCGUGAUCACUGCCCAGUCCCGGGACGACCCGAAUGAGUUAACGGGUAUCUCGUUACAAAAUUGCUCCAUUCUGCCUACCGUCGACCUGGAUGACAAUGCCGGGUCGGUCAAGAGCUAUUUGGGUCGGCCGUGGCGGAAUUUCUCGACGGUUGUUGUCAUGGAAUCUUACAUUGAUGAGCACAUUGCACCGGAGGGGUGGACUCCGUGGUCGCAGGAUGAUGUUGAUAGUUUGAGUACUUUGUACUAUGGAGAGUAUAAUAACAAUGGACCGGGUUCAGGUACCGACAAUCGGGUUGGCUGGCCGGGUUAUCACGUCAUGAGUUACGACGAUGCGUCUACUUUUACUGUCUCCUAUUUCAUCACUGGAGAUGAAUGGCUGGAUUCUACUUCUUUCCCUUAUGAUAAUGGCGUUUGAUUUGGGGCAAAACGAUGUGAAGGAUUUUUUUAAUUUUUUUUAAACUUGUUUUUCUUCUUUAAUUUGAAAAUCUUUAAUGUGGAAUAGAAGAAAUGGGCUGCCACUCUUUGGCAAUAUUAUUGUACCCUGGUGGACCCUAAAAAAAAAGGAAAGAAACAUCAUACUUGUUAUUUUGACUAAUGGUGCUGCAUUUCUUUGGGGUCCUUUGUUUCACAAUCGCUUCAUAAAUUUUCUUUGGAAACUUGCUUGAUAUUUGUUUUAUUACGAAUCAGUCUUGAAUUCAUGACCACAAUUCGUAUUGAAAGCAACUGUUAUGAUGGUUACGAGGAAAAAGCGCAGGGUCCCAAAAACUGGAGAUCUUGACCAAUGAAAAACAAUUAGAUAUGGUUGAAGUUCAUCAAUGCCAGAAAGGCUUUUUACUUUUGGGCUUUGGCCGAGUAAAGAUUGGACUAUUGGAGCGCUGGAAUGAAGCAUAUGCAUUGAAAACUCGAAUUUCGUUGUGGAUUUUUUUUUAAUGACAUUAGGCAUUAGCAUCAAGUACCAUUGAGAAUUAUUAUGGUCAGUCUUUGUGAGUUAAAUGCAAGUCUUGCAAUGAAGAGUAGUGGCAAAAGAAAAGAGACAUGUAAUCCUACUUUGCAUGGUUUAGUUAUAGCCAAUUGGAGCAAAUGUUGUAUACUACUUUGUGUCUCCUUUUAAAUUAUCUGUUUUAAUAUAUU